AUGACCCAAUUCAUUCCAGCCAAUAGCCCUGUUGCCAGUAUAAUCCGCCAAUGCAAAGGACAAGAGAUCAAAAUUCCAGAUUUGCUCAGCCUUUCUCCAGGCUGGAAGCCUCGAAUCAACAAAAGUCCCGACGAGAGUGUAGAUACCGACCUGCAAGAAUGGCAACGCAGAUCAAUUACUAGCAAGAAGAUAUUGGAGAUCAACCAAAAAGCAGGCAUUGUCUACUUCGCGAAGCUGGGGUAUCCAGAAGCAGGCUUGGAAGAACUUUGUGUCGCGGCCAAAUACAUUGGCUGGCUUUUCGCCUUUGAUGACGCUCUCGACUAUGACGAGUUCAAACACAUGAAGCCUGAACGCAAGCACUACGGAAAUGAAGCCAUCAAGUGUAUAACAGAGUCUUUGUUCUGUAGGGAUCGUCAGAAUUUCGAUCCCGGCAAAUUUGACUCUAGUUGUCCCCUCAUAAAAGGCUUUUACGAAAUUGGUUAUGAGAUUGGGCAGGAACUCAAAAACAAGGACCUUAUCAACUACAUAUAUUAUUACAUCUGUGAAUACAUCAAUGCCGCAGUGAAGUCAGUGGACUAUGUUGAUGCAGGAGAGAUUGUCGAUAUCGACAGUUACAUGGAAAUACGGAUGCACACUUCAGGUGCUUAUCCAGUACUUGCACUAUGCGUCUUCACGGAUCAUAUCGACCUCCCGCGUUGGAUUCUAGAACUUGACAUUACUCAAGAGCUGAUGAAGCAUGUCAACAUCAUGAUCUCCAUUGACAAUGACAUGUUCUCUUUGAAAAAAGAAUUUGACCUCGGCCACUUGGACAGUCUCGUCCCUUUACUCGUUUAUAAGAACUCCUGCUCCGCCCAGAGUGGCAUUGACGCGGCGACCGCCUUGAUCCGUACAAGCUUUCACGAGAUUUGCAGAUUAGAAAAUGAGCUCUACAUCUUGGUCCCGGACGAGCAUCUCAGCGAGACGCGGAGGCUUAUUCAGGCAUGGAAAGACUUUCGAAGCGCAUUGGCAAGAUGGAACUAUUCUGCGCCACGGUAUUUCGGAAAGGUGUUUGAAGGAACCCAGGAAGUUACCGCCACACUUUGA